AGGCAGAGCGAGAGGAGAGAGGACAAUAUAGACGGUGGGGAUGUGUGUGAGUGCGCGGUGAUCGGUGCUGCAGGUACAGUCGGAGCCGGAUACAGGUUUUAUAGCCGCACCGGACCGCGUCAUAGCCGGCCUCUCUCCUCUUCAUCCCUUCCAAACAACCCUCCGCAAUGUCGGGCGGAGGAGAGCUACGCGUCCUCCGCCAAGAGCCGGGGCAAGAGAGCCCGAGGAUGCCGGCCUGGAAGCGAGAGAUCUUGGAGAGGAGGAAGGCGAAGGGCGGCGGGUCUGGAGGAGCCGGUGCCGCGGAGACGAGCCCCGGCGGCGCGGGCUCGCAGCGGCUCAACGGCGAGCAGAACGUGAACGGCGGCGGUGGCGGCGGCGGCGGCUGCAGCAGCAGCAGCGGCGGCAGCGGCGGACCCAAACGAGACGGCGGACCGAGUGGCGGGUCCGGGCGGAGCUACACCAUCACCACAGCCAGUCAACACUUCACCAACAACAAAGAGCCCCGGCCGACGGACGCGGAGAGGACGACGCCGGGUGAGGAGGACGACAGACGCGAGAGCCUGGUGCUGCAGGAAAGCCUGGGCCCGCUGGAUGAGAACCCCUUCAUCAAGCUGGAGAAGGAGCGGAGGAGGCGACAGGACCGAGAGAACGCCGCUCGCCCGGUCCAGCACAUCCUGGAGCUGUACGGCAGCGUGCCCGGCAUACGGACUAUCCGCGCGGACAAUAUUAUCAUCAUUGAGUCGGACCCGGAUUACUUUCCGGAAGCCGGAGUGCUCAAACCGGGGUCCAAAUGGCAGCAGAACGGUGUCAGUAGUUACAGCUCCCUGAACGACCUCCUGGACCAGAGAGGGAGUGCUGUUACCGAGAUAAGAGCCAAGGAAGUGGUCAUUUAUGACACCACGUUAAGCAAGAGCGAGGAGAACUUGAGCACCCUGGGGCGCCCCAAUCAUGAGGCCCUGUCCUAUGAGAUGGGCGAGGGUCAAGGCAGGGUCAGCCGGAUGCUGCAGAAGUUUGACAGCAACUACGGGAAGCUGCAGAAGAAGUCCCACAGCACGGAGAACCUGCUGGACCUGGACUGCAGUCCCAGCAGCAGGCCACGGCUCUGGUGCAAGCCACAGCCAGAUCUGGUGCCAAAGGCCUGGCUGGGCCCGUCGGUCAGCAGCAGCCAGCCAUCGUCGCUCGUCUUCCAGAGUCCCUCGUCUUCCAAACCAAAGCCCCAGCCUGCCAUCUCCGAGCUUGGCAGCCCCCAGCGCCCCACUGGGCCCCCUCAGCCCGUGUCUUCCUUCCGCCAAUGGUUUGAAGAGAGUGGAAGCCACGGUGCAGUGGUCAGCCCCGAGGAUGAGCCCAACAGGGGGUCAGCCAAGCCCACCAGAGAGAGAGAGUGGGAGAUGCCAUGCUCCCCAGAGAACCGUCGCGUCCAUGCCGAGUCCCCUACCAGCCCCGUCCUAUUCAAGGUGUCGCGCUCCUCGUCCGACUUCGAGAUCCGGCCCUCCCCGAAGCCGGACCUCGCCCGAAUUCCUGACGGGGACGCCCAGGCACGGGCCCUCGCAAACCUGCGCCUGCAGUCCCGUAACUCCUUCACAGUGAUCCCCAAACGCCAGCCGACCGCCUCGCCGGCCGCCUUGCCGGCCGCCUUGCCGGCCGCCUUGCCGGCCACCUUGCCGGCCGCCUCGCCGGCCGCCUCGCCGGCCACCUCACCCGCAGCGGGCAGCCCAGUCAGGUCUUCUCCUUCACACCGAGGAGCAGAGAUGCCCACGCCAGGAGUGCCAACCGGCCACUCCCCGACACCUACCUUGGCUCCCUCAAAGAGGAACGAGGAGAAACCGCUAGAGGAGGAGGAAAUCAAGAGGUCUGUCAGGGUAUCAAAGCCUGAACCAUCUCCUCCUGUUGCCACGAGUCCUUCACCUCCCCCGACUUCAGAACCUUGGUCUCCACCUCCUGCUCUAACCCCUGCCCCCUGCUCUCCACCUGCCCCUUCUUCACCCCCCACCUCUCCGGCGGUCCCAUCUUCACCCCCUACCUCUCCGGUUCCCUCAGCCCCGUCCCCCGUCCCCUCUACCCCGUCCCCGGCUCCAGAACAAGCCCCCCAUGAUCAGCUGCCAGUAACGAACAUCGACGACAUUGAAGUGGAGACCCAGCAGCGCGUCCCUGCUCCCAGCCCCAUGGCGCAGAGGAGAAAGGGGAACACCUUCACCGUUGUCCCCAAACGUAGGGUGGAGCCCGAGGGCCAUUCGAGCUCCCCUGAGCCCCAGCAGCAGGACGCCUCGAGUGAAGCCCCGCAGGGGUCCACACCCCCACAGGCCCCCUACGCCCAUCUGGGCUCCCUGCUGAAGAAACGCUACCCAGCUGCGGAGGAGAUCGAGGUCAUCGGUGGGUACCUGUCCCUGGAGAAGUCCUGCCUCUCCAAGACGGGUGUCAUGGGCAAGAAGCUCAAGAUCUCGUUCAACGAGUCGAGUCUCCAGAGUACGUACGAGUAUCCGUCGGAGAGCAGCGUGUGGGACAGCGAGGAUGAGGAGGACGAGGACGAGGAGGAGAAACGGGACGAGAGGGUGGCGGACGAACAGCCGAGCAUGGUGGGACGCAUCCACAUCCCCCGACCCAGUUUCAUCAGCUCGCCCACCCACACGAACAACGACCUUUCCAGCUACAUUCCCAAGCACUCGGUGGACUUCAGCGCCUGGCAGGAGCACAAGCGUGACGAGAGCGACUACCAGGAGGACGCCGCCUCCCGACCGACGCAGAUGAGCGAGGAAGUUAUGCUCACGCCGGCUGACAGCUCGUCCCUGUCGGACUACAGCAGCGAGCCCGCCCUUUACUUCUGAUCAGUCGGACCGAUCAGCUGUACAGUAGCAUCACACCUGUGGGACCAGCCUGCAGCCUGAGCUGCCUUCAGCUCGACACUCCAGCCGUCUCUAAGCACACCUUCCUGAUCAGACAGGACACAUAGUGGGUUUUUUUUUUUUGGGGGGGGGGGGGGGGUUUGGAGCUGAUAUCCUGCCACGGAACCGCCACAUGCCACGUUUUAUCAGCCGCACAUGGGAGCAGGUGAGCUCAUUGCCACACGUGGCCGGUGUUUUUCCCCCCCCACCUUCCUGACCUGAAAGCAGCUGGGCUGUUUUAUUCUCCCCUUUCGAUCCCGGACAGUUGAUCUGUCGGCCUUCCUCCUCCCUCCUCAUCCUCGCUCAACUUAAAAUAUGGGACAGGGUCAGACGGAUUGUCAGAAAAUCCAGACGGAGACGUCCGGCGUCCUCUCCAGACUCUGGAAGAAGUUGGCUGACUUCACGUACCUUCCCUCCCCUCUCAGCUUCCAAGUCUUCAGCGUUUGCGUCAUGUUUUUUGGGAGAUGUCGACAAGCGAAGGGAGCCUAGAAAGCGAGUGACCGAACUCCUUAAAAAAAAAAAAAGAAAAAAGAAAAAAAAACAGGAAGCCGCCAGUGCCCACGUGUAGGAAACGCCACGGUGACGGAGUUCAGUGUUGGCAUGGAAACAUGUCAGUCAAACGUGAAGGACGCGUCUCAUUGUGUAGAUUGCCGGCACACUUAAAACACACAAACACAAAAAAAUGGUGAAAGGGUGCCACAAAUGUGUUUUUUUUGUUUUUUUUUGUACCUGCAUGUUUUGAUUUACAGCCAUCAGCUUCUUGAGUUGGUUCUCUUUCACUGUAAAGCUUCUGUAUGCCUGUGCGUGUGCGUGUGUGUGUGUGUGUGUGUGUGUGUGUGUGUGUGUGUGUGUGUUUUCUGGCAAACUAUGCUGUAAUGAAGCUGCUGGAAGUUCAGUAGAAGAGUCUUGAUAGCAAGCAAACUUCAACACUCCCCUUCUUUGUGGUGUGGGGGGGGGGUGGUAUUGGGAAAUGCAGGCAAGGGAAGAUGUCUGUCCUUUGGCAAUUUCGGAUUACACGCUUGGAUAAAAAAAAAAAGUGACCUUGGCCAAUAAUGUCUGUAUGUCCAUAUUGCUGGUGCCCAAACCAUCACACUGUAGAAUGGUUCUGUGUCCUCUAUCAAAAGCUGUUAGACCUAUUGACACCUUCUUUCCUUUUUUUUCUCUUCUGGCUUCUCGUGUAUUUAUUCCUGCUUAAAGUUGAAGUUAGCAUGUCUGAGAUCUGCUCAUGUACAAAAAAAAACCCUCUGAUUUUGUAAAGACACAGUUGCUGGUGCGGAAGGAUGUUUUGUUGUUGUUGUUGUUGUUGUUGUUUUUCCAGUCAGACCUCACGUACUUUGACAUUCCACGGAGAAGGAAAAAAAAGCCGGUCCAUCGAAGUAAAGAACAUCCAUGAUGUGGCACGUUUGUAAGAGCGAAUGCAAGAUUGUGUGUUUUUUGAGAGGAUAUGUAAUGAUUUAUUUGUCUUUUUUUUUUUUUAUUAAUUAUGAUAGUUUUAUAUACAAGGAUGCACCAAGUUUCCAGAUGAUUUUUUUUUUUUUUUAAACUCAUAAUGCCAAGUGAUUAAAAGUGUUGCUGUAACGGCCUCACGUUUAUUGUCGCGACCCUUCGGCCAGUAUUGUUGUACAGCAACACACCAUGUUUCUCAUGAAGUACGAAGAUCUCUCGCCCCCC